AUGGUCAGAAAUGACGUCAUCGAUAAACUUGAACGAGAGGCCACUUUAACGCCGGUAAUUCGAGCUAUUGCCCCAACGAAGUUGUUUUUACAACAAGGGACAAAUAAUUACCAUCGUCCGGUCGUGAGUAUUGACAGGACAGACAAUUACGAUCGUCUAGUUGUGAGUAUCUACAGGAUUGACAAUAACGAUCGUCCAGGCGUGAGUAUUGACAGGACAGACAAUAACGAUCGUCCGGACAUCAGUAUCGACAGGACAGACAAUUACGACCGUCCAGUUGUGAGUAUCUACAGGACAGACAAUAACGAUCGUCCAGACAUCAGCAUCGACAGGACAGACAUUUACGAUCGUCUAGUCGUACGUAUCCACAGGACAGACAAUUACGUUUGUCCAGACAUCAGUAUCGACAGGACAGACAAUUAUGAUGUCGUGCGUAUCAACAGAAUAGAGAAUUACGAUCGUCCAUUCGUGAGUAUCGACAGGAGGGACAAUUACGAUCGUCCACGCGUGCGUAUCGACAGGACAGACAACUGCGAUCGUCCAGGCGUGCGUAUCGACAGGACAGACAAUUACGUUCGUCCAGACAUCAGUAUCGACAGGACAGACAAUUACCAUCGUCUAGUCGUACGCAUCGACAGGACAACCAGUUAUGUUCGUCCAGACAUCAGUAUCAACAGGACAGACAAUUACGAACGUCUAGUCGUACGUAUCGACAGGACAGGCAGUUAUGUUCGUCCACUCGUGAGUAUCGACAGGACAGACAAUUACGAUCGUCCAGGCGUGACCAUCGACAGCACAGACAAUUACGAUCGUCCAGUUAUAUUAUUUUUGAACGGCGUAAAUAGGACAUCUGAGGACAAAUCUGAGGACAAAUCUGAGAACAAAUCUGAGGACAAAUCUGAGGACAAAUCUGAGUUACCUGAGGACAAAUCUGAGGACAAAUCUGAGAACAAAUCUGAGAACAAAUCUGAGUUAUCUGAGGACAAAUCUGAGUUAUCUGAGGACAAAUCUGAGGACAAAUCUGAGUUAUCUGAGGACAAAUCUGAGUUAUCUGAGGACAAAUCUGAGUUAUCUGAGGACAAAUCUGAGGACAAAUCUGAGGACAAAUCUGAGGACAAAUCUGAGUUAUCUGAGGACAAAUCUGAGUUAUCUGAGGACAAAUAUGUCCAAAUUUCAACUUCCAUGGACGAGAUGUGUGUGUUAUACCCCUAUGAUUUACAGGGACGUCUCCAUGUUUACCCUGUCUAG